UUUUCUUUCCUCUGGUUAAAUAUCGAUUGAAGCACCUCACUUGGAAGCUCAAGUCUGUAGGAGACUGUAAGUCUAGAACUGAGAGGCAUACCAGACCGUUGACUAGUGAGCGUGGAGAAUGGUCACUGGGGUACCAUAAGCAGGCAUUUCUACAGGAUGAAGGCCACACUAGCUGAUCGCCGAUACCAAGGAUGCCUUCAGUACAGCUGGCAGUUCUUGAUUGCAACAGCUUCCACCUUCCCAGCAAGUUAAAACCAAGGCGGUGGGUAUCCCAUGCAAAUUCGUACCAACCAGGUUCCGACCGAAGCGGGCCACGUGCACGAGCUUUAAGGCCCUGCGCAGCGGAAACGCGUGGGCAGCACGCGGCCGCAUCCGGCGCGCCCUGGAACUAGCGGCUAUGGACGUGGGUGCUGAUGAGUUUGAACAGAGCCUUCCACUCCUGCAGGAGCUUGUCGCGGGUGCGGACUUCGUGGGUCUCGACAUAGAGUUCACAGGUCUGCGUUCAAACUUGUCCCAGCCCCAGCAGAUCAGUCUUUUUGAUUUGCCAUCUGAGUGGUAUGUGAAGACCCGGCAGAGCGUUCAACAAUUUACAAUCUGCCAGAUUGGGUUGUCUGUGUUUUCCAGCAUCGAAGGAGAGUCAAACAAGUAUAUAGCCCACUCCUGUAACUUCUUUCUCUUUCCUACAACGUUUGGGAUCUUGGACUCAGAGUUCUCUUUCCAGGCGUCCAGUGUUCAGUUUUUGAAUCAGUAUGGCUUCGACUAUAACAAGUUCCUCAAAAAUGGCAUCCCGUACAUGAAUGAAGAGCAGGAGAAGAAAAUUAAGCAUAGUAUCCUGAGAGGGAACUGGAGAGUCCGGAGCUCUCUGGAUAAAGACCAGAUUAAGGUGGUGAUUGACAAGGUGACUCAGUGGCUGUACCUGGCUGAGGAAGGUGACCAGAUGACUCUGCCCGGCAUUGCUGGGUUCCAAGCCUUUGAGGUCCAAUUGGUGCUAAGGCAGGCCCUCCCCAACAUCUGGACAGUGCUGAAGGAUGAGGGGGUGAUUGUGAAGAAAGUCAGUCAGCCACAUCGCUGGUACCUUGAGCACGACUCUUGCGACCAAAUCAGCUGUUGGAAGGAGCAGAUUCUUCUCUCUGCAAGAGGCUUUUCUGUCUUUUUUCAGAUGCUGGUGAAAGCCCAGAAGCCCUUGGUAGGACACAACAUGAUGAUGGACCUUCUGCAUCUCCACGAGAAGUUCUUCCGACCUCUUCCAGAAAGCUACGACCAGUUUAAGCAGAACAUCCACAGCCUGUUCCCUGUCCUCAUUGACACCAAGAAUGUGACCAAGGACAUCUGGAAGGAACUGCAUUUCCCACGAGUCUCCAACCUCUCAGAAGUGUAUGAUGUGCUGAGCAGUAACUUGAAUCCCACUAAGAAUUCUGGACCAGAGAUUAUUCAUGCAAGACAGUGUAAAAAAUACGCGGAGACCAAGUGCCCCCAUGAAGCUGCGUAUGAUGCCUUCCUCUGUGGGUCAGUUCUUUUGAAAGUGGCGCACUUGCUCCUGGAGAGGGUGCAUGGCGCUGUUUCUGUCGACGACGAGGAGUCCACCUUCCCUCAGUACCUCGAAGUGCUGGCGCCAUAUGUGAACCAAGUGAAUCUCAUCCGAGCUGGGGUUCCUAAAAUUAACUUUUCUGGCCCGGAUUACCCCAGUAUCCGCCCUCCUGUGCUCAUCCUUACCGUCAGGAGGUGGCCUGGGGUCAGCGAGCACCAGGUCUACCGUGAGUUCCAGAAUCUCUGCAAGUUUGAUGUCAGACGGUUCACUCGAAGCCAGUUUCUGCUCCUGACCAAUAAGUUUAAGGAUGCCCGCAAUGUCUUGAAGGAGUACAGGAGCCACCCGACCCUGCAGAUCUCGCUGUACCGGUACUGGAGACAUUCCCCCAACAUCACCUGCCUGUUACAAGUCUGCAGCAUUGUCACCACCUGGGCCAUGGUUGCGUUCAUCCUGGGAAGACCCAGGCCCUGAGUGCAGUGAGCCUCCUCAACUUCCGCCCCAGCUUCCAGAGAUGGCCCUUGCGGCUCGUCUGUAUAAACCAGUUUGUUUUCAGACAGACCUGUAUGGUCCUUUGUACAUAUUUUUGUUGUGUUCUAAAUGUGAGAUUCUGUAAAUAAGACUGACGAUAAAACCCUUGCAUCUGUAGGACCUUUGUACGUGGCCAAUGCAUUCCUUCCUGUAAGCUGGGGGAAGUCCUGGCCACUUGGGUUGGAACCACUGCUCCAGCAUGUCCCGAAUUUUGGUGUGUGUGUGUGUGUGAGGGAAGGGGCUGUUUGGACAGGAGUUGGCAGAGACGAGGGAAGAGACUACUGUGGCUUCAGUAGAUGCUGUGUGAGCCACAGUGAAGGUACCUGGCCGACACUGGGACUCCAGGGCUCCAGGCUCCCCGGACUUGCGGUAUAAGAACAGGAGGAGAUCAAACACUGAACAGGUCAGCAUGAGAGGAAUAGCAGCCAGUAUGCUGUGGAGAAGCCCGUGGCGCUGUCACGGAAUGGAGGGAUGUCAAUCGCCCAGGCUUGGGAGUCACAGGCCCCAACGGCUCUACUGCUGAGAGGCACGGGCAGCUGGUAAAGUUCCUAGUUCCAUGAUCAGAGCAGGCCCAGCACUAUGGUCGUGUUACUGCUUGGAGACUGGACACAGCCAUCUCACCAGAGUGCUUUUAAAACCUCUGCUUUCGAGCUGAAGAGAGGAGCUGAGAAGACAGCCCCACUUCUUUCCUGUAAACUUUGGGGUGGUGCCAACUCGGUCUCCCCACUGCAGAUUCUCAGUGACUUGGGGUUUAAAAUGCCUCUCGAGGGGGUCUUUUCCUUUGCUUUCCGAUACUUCAUCCCUGGGCUAAGGCGGCUUGUAUAUCUGCCUGCAUACACCUGGGCGUCCCUACAUCCCAGCUCUUCUGGAGACCUCCUUUCUCAUUUGGUCCCCGUAGUCAGCCAUUGACCUCUUUUACUGAGAUCCUAGCUGGUCUCUAGCUCGGAGGACCCCAUCCUACAUCUUCAUUUCUCCAGGGCUGACCUGGUCCCCUGCGACUAAAAUGGUCCUGAGCCCACUUGCCAUGGUGCACACCCUUCACUGUCCUGUGAUAGAGGCCACCUUCCUCGGAUGGCAUGUCCACCGCUAUCGGCCUGCAGGAUGGAUGACUGGAGGAGCUGGCUGGGGUAACUCCUUACACCUGACCUUUUGUCCAGAGAGCUGCCUGACCCCAGUCAUGCCAUCUUGUCUUCCCUCUGCUCCUCCAAAGGCCUGAGUGAAAUCCUUUGGUUCCAGCGUCUUAGGUGGCUUCCCAUUCCACUGGACGUUUAUUUAUCUUUUUGAGACCAGGGUCUCUACGUAUGUUGCCCUGGCUGUCCUGGAUAUUUGUUAUGUAGAUCCAGGCUGGUCUCAAACUCAGAGAUUCCCCUGCCUCUGUUUCCUGGGUGCUGGGAUUAAAGGCCAUUUUCUUGUUCUCUCAUCUCUAGGACCAAAUAGUUGUAUCAGCUUCCCACGGGUGUCUUCCAUUUUUUUGAGGGUCACCUGAGCCUGAGUGGCAGAGCUCAGCUUAACCUUGGGUGCCAACUUGUCCCCAGUUGGCCUUUCUGUGUCCAGGUGUGGGGUUUUCCUUCCCUUUUUUUUUUUUUUUUCCAGUGAGACAGUGUUUCUCUGUGUAGCCCUGGCUAUUGUCCUGGAAACUCACUUUGUAGACCAGGCUGGACUUGAACUCAAAGAUUCGCCUGCCUCUGCUUUGCGAGUGCUGAGAUUAAAGGUGUGUGCCGCCACCACCUGGCAUGGGUGUGGGAUUUUCCAUGGGGCUCACGGUUAAUUUUGAGGCCCUUGUGGCCUGCUGCCCACACAGGGCCUGAGGCCUGCCAGCCCUGGCUUCCCACCAGCCCGGCUGCUUGGACACUGAUCUGUUUGGAUGGAAAAUCGCUCCUUAUCAGCACCCACUUUCUCUCCCCUAACUUCACUCAGAAACUCUCUAGAAUGCGGGAGGUCUGCCGCGAACAGGCCCCGCUCAGUGGAAGAAUAAGCCAAAUAAAGCCUCUCUGGAGCCUGCUGUUGAGAGUCCAGGCAUUUGGGUACUCAUCCCAUUGCCUCUGCUCCAGCUUUCCAAAAUUCUAAAUAAAUUCAUCUCAGAAGCCAAGAAUUUGACUUUUUCAGCAAGCUUUCUUUCCUCUGAGAUUGUUGGUGGACAGCGCACCCCUAAAGAGGAUGGAGACCCCAGUUAGAAAUCAGUUUCCCCUGUUAUUUCUGUUUAACAAAUAAAGAAUA